AUGGCUCGUACUAAGCAAACAGCACGCAAGUCUACUGGUGGGAAGGCUCCUAGGAAGCAACUUGCAACAAAGGCCGCCGGCAAAUCUAUAGCUGGGACUGGCGGCGUGAAGAGGCCACAUCGAUUCCGCCCCGGCACCGUUGCCCUUCGUGAGAUCAGGAAGUACCAGAAGAGCACUGAGCUUCUAAUCAGGAAGCUGCCUUUCCAGAGGCUCGUGAAGGAAAUUGCUCAGGACUUUAGGACUGAUCUGCGAUUUCAGAGCCAUGCAGUGCUCGCAUUGCAGGAGGCAGCAGAGGCAUAUCUGGUGGGGCUGUUCGAGGACACUAACCUCUGUGCCAUUCACGCAAAGCGAAUAACCAUUAUGCCGAGGGACAUCCAGUUGGCGAGGAGGAUCCGUGGCGAGAGGGCUUGAAUCAGAUUAUACGAAGAAGAACGUGUAUAGUUUGGUUUAAUCCCGAUAACAUUGUAAAACUCAGAUUAUACGUAGGACAUAUAGAGUUUGGUUGGAUUCUGACAGUGAUAAUAUGGCAAACAACCAUGAUGCUCAGGAAAUUUCAUUCUUUUAGUCUUGUUGU